AGGUGCCUCUUCUCGGCUCCUAGCCGGCACGAGGCGAAGGCAGGCUGGCCGCGGCCACAUCUGCAACGAAGCCGGCGCGCAUCUGCACGGACGGGAGCUGCGGGCCGGGUCGCACGCCCCACACGCUGCCGGCCGCCCCCUACCAGCGCCGCGCACACGCCCAGCCUGUUGGCUCGCAGACACGCGCUCGCUCUGCCUCCCCGGCCGGCCCCCCACGCCGCCACCCCCGACUCCCCAAGGGUCCCGAAUCCGGAAAGUGAGCCUGGCGGCCCCGUCCGACCUCCUGCGCGCCCCAUGCCGUCCCUCCUGCUCCUCGGGACCCUCCUGCUCCUGGCCUCGACCCCCCGCCAGGCUGGGGCGCGCCCGUCCAACGCCACAAGUGCCGAGCCCCCCGGCCCGCUGCCCGCCCUGCUGGCGCACCUGCGGCGCCUGACCGGGGCGCUGACCGGCGGCGGGGGCACAGCGGGCCCGGGCGCCAACGGCACCAGGACCAGCCCCGCGAGCGGGACAGGCGCGGCGGCGCGGGCGCCCCCUCCCGCCGAGCUCUGCCAUGGCUACUACGACGUCAUGGGCCAGUACGACGCCACCUUCAACUGCAGCACGGGCUCCUACCGCUUCUGCUGCGGCACCUGCCACUACCGCUUCUGCUGCGAGCAUCGCCACAUGCGCCUGGCGCAGGCCUCCUGCUCCAACUACGACACGCCGCGCUGGGCCACCACGCCGCCGCCGCUGGCCGGGGGCGUCGGGGGUGCUGGGGGUGUGGGCGGGGGGCCCGGGCCCGGCCAGGCGGGGUGGCUGGAAGGGGGCCGGGCGGGAGGUGCAGGGGGGCGCGGGGGCGAGGGCCCCGGGGGCAGCACGGCCUACGUGGUGUGCGGGGUCAUCAGCUUCGCCCUGGCGGUGGGCGUCGGCGCCAAAGUGGCCUUCAGCAAGGCGUCCCGUGCGCCCAGGGCGCAUCGGGAGAUCAACGUGCCCAGGGCUCUGGUGGACAUUCUGAGGCAUCAGGCGGGGCCUGGGACCCGCCCGGACCGGGCACGAAGCAGCUCCUUGACCCCAGGGGUCGGAGGCCCCGACAGCAUUCCCCCGAGGACGCCCAAGAACCUCUACAACACCGUGAAGCCCUCCAAUCUUGAUAACCUGCACCACAACUACCUGCACCUCAACGUCAACAGCCCCAAGCACCAUGCCACCACGAUGGAUUGGCGCGCCGUUCCACCACCCAGCCCCUCCUUGCACUACUCCACGCUCUCCUGCUCACGGUCCUUCCACAACCUCUCGCAUCUGCCCCCGUCUUAUGAGGCUGCUGUAAAGUCCGAACUCAACCGCUACUCCUCCCUCAAGAGACUGGCUGAGAAGGAUCUGGACGAGGCCUACCUGAAGCGCAGGCACCUGGCGGAGAUGCCCCGCGGGACGCUGCCCCUGCAUGCCCUUCGGCGACCCGGCACGGGGGGCGGCUACCGCAUGGAUGCCUGGGGCGGCCCUGAGGAGCUGGGCCUGGCGCCCGCGCCCAACCCGCGGCGGGUCAUGUCCCAGGAGCACCUGCUGGGCGACGGAGGCCGGUCGCGCUAUGAAUUCACCCUGCCGCGCGCGCGCCUUGUGUCGCAAGAGCACCUGCUCCUGUCGUCGCCCGAGGCCCUGCGCCAGAGCCGGGAGCACCUGCUGUCGCCCCCGCGCAGCCCCGCGCUGCCCCCGGAGCCUGCCGCCCGCGCGGGCCUGGCCGCGUCCCAUUCCAACUUGCUGCUAGGACCCGGGGGCCCCCCCACGCCGCUGCACGGGCUGCCCCCCCCGCCCGGCCUGCACGCGCACCACCACCACGGCCUGCACGGCUCCCCGCAGCCUGCCUGGAUGUCGGACGCCGGCGGGGGAGGGGGCACGCUGGCACGCAGGCCACCCUUCCAGCGCCAGGGCACGUUGGAGCAACUGCAGUUCAUCCCCGGCCAUCACCUGCCCCAACACCUGCGCACUGCCAGCAAGAAUGAGGUGACGGUCUGAGGCCAGGCCCGGGGCCUUGGGGGCUGCGGCCUCGCCGGCCCCCAUCCCAGCCUGGAUCCCCCAACACACUCCAGGGGCCUGGGACCCAGGAUCAGCCUGUGGGCAGGGGGCUGCCUCCAAGGACACUGCUUUGGAUGAAAUCGUCACCGGAGACAAAACCCCCUUCUGGGAUGUCAUGGUAGAUCAGACCCCUUCUCCUAUGUCACUGUUUGAGGCAAGGCCUCUUUCCCAUGACGUUAUCACAGAGGAAGAGCCCUGCCUGUGAGGUCAUCACUAGUGAAAAUGUCUGUGUUCUGUGAUGUCAUCACAGGGACAAAACUUUCUUCCCAUGAAUCCAUCACAGAGGAAUAGGCCCGCCCCUGAGGUCAUCGCUAGAGGCCAUGUCUCUGUUCCACGAAGUCAUCACAGACUUUCUCCCUGUGAUGUCACAGCAGAGACAAUGCCUUGUCCUAUGACAUCAUCCCUAGAGACAAAGAUUCCUUCCUGUGAAUGUCACUGCAGAGACACAUCUCACUCUGAUGAUGUCAUGUCUGGUACCAAAAGGCCUCUUUUGACAUCAUCACCACCAGGAAAAUGUUUUCUUCCAGAGAAGAUGUCUCUGUCUAUGAUGUUGUCACUACAGACAAAGCCAUCUUCCUGGGACACAGUGCAGGGGAAAGGUCUUGCCAACUGUGUCCUCCCUAUACGUAGGACCUUUCCACAACACUGUCACAGGGACUUUGCCUCCUUCCUGUGAUGCCAUCUCCAGAGAAGGUGCCUUGCCCUAUGACAUGAUCAGAGGGACUGUGCCUCUUCCCAUGAUAUCAUCACCAGGGAUGACAGCCCGCUUCUGUGAUCUCACCUCUGGACUCUGCCUGUCCUGGGGUGAUGCUCUAAGACACCUCCAUGCCAGGUCAUGAGAAGACAGGGCAUGCCCCAAAUCCAUGGCAACCCUGGGGUCACCAGAGAAAGUGCUCUGACUGGAGUUGUCUGAGGAAAUGUCAUCACUGGGGAGGCAACCCCAACUGCAGAGGUCUCCAUCAGGAUGAAUGGUCUGACUGUAGGUUGUUAGCAAUGGGCCCCCACUGAGGUUCUGUCCCAAUGCUGUGAUGUCAUCACCAGAGACACUGCCUGCUCUGGAGGGCCAUCACUUGUGAUGAUGUCACCAGAGUUUCUGCCUUGUCCUGCCAUGACUUUACUUGGUCACUCCUUUCCCUGACACCAGGGACAUGCUCUGCAGGAUCUUCACCAGACCCUCCCUCUAAAGGGUGGUUGGGCCUCAGAUCCCACCCUGUGUCACCUCCUGUGUGACUCCUGGAGGACAGGACUCCCAGACUGGCUUCUGCCCCCAAGGAGGCCACUCUGGCCCACCAGCCUCCCAGAGUCCUGGGACUCAUAGUGGCCCAAAGGCUGGUGUCACGUCUUUCUGCCAUAACUAGAGACAUCGUCGCCUCUGUCAACAAACUCCUGGCUUCCUGUUGGGGGUGAGGUGGGAGGGGGUUGGUUGGGGUGUGCCCACUAUUAAUUUUGCUGAUGAUAUCAUCAGUACCAUAAGACUUCCACCACUCAUGAUGGCAUUGUACCUGGGGUCAAAGGCUAACCAUGGCUGACGAUGACAUCAUUUCCCAGGAUUCCCUAUGACCUAUGGUGUCUUCAUCUCCCAGGAUCUACCACAACCAUUGUAUCAUCAUCAUCUCCUAGGAUCCACCAUGACAUAUUAUGUCAUUACCUUCCAGAAUCCUCUAUGGCUGAUGGUAACAUCCUCUACCAGGAUCCACUAGUACUGAUGAUGCCACCAUUUCCCAUAGUCCCUGAUAAUUGUGGUGUCGUUACCUCCCAGGAUCCACUUCAACCAUGAUGUCAUCACCUCCCAGGAACCAUGAGAACCAAUGGGGUCAUCACCUCCCAGGAUCCACUUCAACCAUGAUGUCAUCACCUCCCAGGAUCCACUUCAACCACGGUGUCAUCACCUCCCAGGAUCCACUUCAACCAUGGUGUCAUCAUCUACCAGGAUCCACUAUAACCAUAGCAUCAUCUCCUAGGAUCCAUGACACCAAAAUAUGUCAUGUACUAGGAUCCACUUCAACCAUGCAUCAUUAUCUUCCAGGGUCCGUCAUCUUGAGUGUCAAAUACUACAAUGGCUGUAUUUCAAUUGUUUUCUGGGACCCCAUGGCACCUAUAACUGUUCCCUUAAGGGCAACUAGCACAAUACACACCAUUUUCCCAUUCCUUCAAAAAGGGAAUAGGUGGGGGCCCCUCCGAUGACAUCAUCCUUAGCCCCUUCUUAAUGAUGUCACUGCCUCCCUCCUGACUUGAGCUGAUGCCUGCAUCAACCCCACCACAGACCUGGUCUUGGCCAGACUCCAUCACCCCGUGGUGAGGGCAUCCAGGCCCCUCCUAAUAACUCACCACCCUUCACCCAUCUCAUCGGUGACAGGGUCAACACAGAAAACUUUUAUCAUCAUGGGGGAGUGGGAUGGGCUUCACAGUCCUCAGGUGACAUCACUGCCCCUGUGACCUGGACCCCCACCCAAAACAGCACUCCAUUGGCUUGGGCCAAACUCUCCUCAGAGACCCCAUGGGCUGGGUGGACAGCUGCUGACCUCCCUGGGGCCCUCACUCACGUCUUCUGCUGGCCUGGUCCUGGAGCAGGCACAUCUGGAGGGCCAUGGCCACUGCCAAGGCCAUGGGGGGGGGGGGUUGCUCUGCAUCAUCUCAAGAUGGUGGAGAAGCAGCAUUCUCUCAUCUCCCCCUCACACACCAGGGAGCCUCCAGGGGUUUUGGGGAUUCCUCAAUACCCAAUGCACAAUUUGCCCCAAUUCUCUGUAUAUAGCCAUGUUGCGGGGGGGCGGCCAUUCCCCCACUCUUAAAGGGCUACAUACCCCCUCCCCAGCCCCCAAGGCAAGGUGAGGGGGUUCUUCUCCCUCCUCUGGGCCGUCCCCCUCCCUCUUUUGUCUCCCUCCAAAUACUGGCACCUCAGCUCACCCCUUCUCGUCAGGAGCUUGGGGCAGAUAAUGCCCUCAGCUCCCAGCACCCAGUGGAACUGGGGAGCUACCCCAAUCUCCCUGGGUCCCCGUGUCCAUGCUUCUAGCUGCUCCUGUGGGCUCCCCCCAGUCCCAUCCAGGGCCUCCCCAAGCCCAGCGCCCCUCAGGCAGACUGUGACUUCCCCCAGAAAGGAGCCAGCUUGAGCGCCUGCCCCCUUUCACACCCAGUUCCCUCUGCUCACCAUCCCCCCUGAGCACUCAGCUUUCCCCAGCCGCCUGGAAUACAGGGGCUUGGGGCCUUUCAGCUUUCGUACACCACCACCGCCCCCCCCCCCCCGACUUGCUGUCUCCUGGCCUGGAUUCCAGGUAUCUUGUUCCCUUCCCCACACUCACUCUGCCACAGGCUGCCUGACCUUGGGGCCUUGACCUCUGAUCUCAAAUAAGCCAUAGUGGGAAGAGGUCUCAAGAGGGUGAGGAAGUGGGCUUGUCCUGCCUAAUCUCCCUCGAUGCUUCCAGAGCUGGGACCUCGCCAUCUGAGUCUUCCGCCCCGAUAAACCGGCACGCGCGGCGUGUACACACACACACACACACACACACACACACGCACACACACACACACGCACACACACACACGCACACGCACACCCCGUUGUGGGGAACGGUGGGGGGGGCUGCAGAGAGAAGAUAACCAGUUCUGGACCAGAAGACUCUCCACAGCUUCUUUAUCCCUCUCUCUCCCUGCUCAACACCAAACUCUUCCCCCAGUCCCUUGGUGAGGACAGCGGCGGAGUGACAACCUGGUAUUUUUUGGAAUAAACAGAUGUUUCCUGAGCCCAGGUCUCAAGGUUUACUAUCGGGAAGAAAUGGGCUUCCACCUCCGUGCUUCUGUCACUGGGGAGUGCCCUGCGUGGCCAAGGUGGGGGGCAGGCAUCUAGGAGUCUUUAUGGGUGGUCAGGGCUGCCCCCGAGUCUGCCCCCAAGCCUGGAGUCAGGGAUGGAGCGUGGCGCCUUUACGUCCUUGGCAUCUUCCUAAGAAAAGAAAGCCUCUUCUCUCUGCAUUUCAGCAUUUGUUUGCGCCUCCUUCUCUUCGUGUUCUCUGGCCGAGUCUCAUUGCAGUGGGGUGCUCUAGUAGUUUGCUGGGGCUGCUGUAACAAGCAGCCGGAGCAACAGCAAUGGGCCACCUGCUGGUUCCUUCCGAGGCCCGUGGGAGAGCUGGUGCUGGGCCUCUUCCCCAGCUCUCUGCUCAGCUGCCACUGGUUGGUACCCUCCACGUGCACAUCACCUUCUCUCUGUCCUUCCUGUGUGUACAAAUCCCCCCAAAGUUGAUGAGGACACCAGUCCUGUUGGAACAGGGCCCACUCUCAGUGUCUUCUACACUCAAUCAUCUGCAAAGACCCUAUUCCCAAGUAAGGUCACAUUCACAGGUCCUGGAAGCGAGGACUUCCAUAGCUCUUUGAGGGGGCAUGAUUCAAGCCAGAACGGGGCUGUGGCAUGGCACUGUUCAUUCAAAUACCAGCUUUUAUGAAAACCAGGAAGCAUCUCCCCCAGGGCAUUAAGAUACUAGCAUAGUGACCAUAAGAGCUGCCCUCCCCCCCCCCAUCUUAGUGUCUUGACAGUAAACCAGUCAAGUUGUAAACCAGAGAGAGGAGAUGCUUCCAAGGCUUGGCUUUAUGGACUUUAGGACACCUCUCCCCUAGGGGCACCCAAGUGUUUGUUGAGAAUUGUAGGCUUCUAUCUUGCACUGAAGGGCUCAUUUGCACAUCCCUCUGGGUGUGGGUUGUGCACGUUCAUUUCAGUAUUGACUUUAUCAUUAAGAAAACACCUUCCUGGGGUGCUUGGCUGGCUCAGUACGUGGAGCAUGUGAUUCCUGAUUGUUUUGAGUUUGAGUCCCAC